AUGAACAAAGUGAAGAACUUCAAGAGGCGCUUCUCCCUCUCAGUCCCACGAACCGAGACGAUAGAAGAGAACGAGUUUACGGAGCAGAUCAACCAACUCAACAUUGGCCACACUCAGGGCCUGACACCGGAGCGUCUGGGUUCAGCCUCGUACGAUGCCAGUCCGGUGAGUCCAGAGCCCACCACGCCCAGCGCCCACUCCCCCUCCCAGCUGCAGUACCACAGCAAGGUCCAGCAGAGGCGCUUCUCCAUGGAGGACGUGAGUAAACGCAUGUCUCUGCCCAUGGACAUCCGUCUUCCUCCAGAGUUCCUGAAGAAGCUGCAGCUGGAGAGUGAGACGUCGCCUUCAGAGAGCAAACCACUCAGCCGCAUGUCCCGCCGGGCCUCGCUGUCUGACAUCGGCUUCGGGAAACAGGAGACGUACGUCAAACUGGGGAAACUGGGAGAGGGCACGUACGCCACCGUCUUCAAAGGCCGCAGUAAACUGACGGAGAACGUUGUGGCGCUGAAGGAGAUCCGUCUGGAGCACGAGGAGGGGGCGCCCUGCACGGCCAUCAGAGAAGUGUCUCUGCUGAAGAACCUGAAACACGCAAACAUCGUGACUCUACACGACAUCAUCCACACAGAGCGCUGCCUCACGCUGGUGUUCGAGUAUCUGGACAGUGAUCUGAAACAGUAUCUGGACAACUGUGGGAACCUCAUGAGCAUGCACAACGUGAAGAUCUUCAUGUUCCAGCUUCUUCGAGGGCUGUCUUACUGCCACAAGAGGAAGAUCCUGCACCGAGACCUGAAGCCCCAGAACCUGCUCAUCAACGACAAGGGAGAGCUCAAACUGGCAGACUUUGAUAAGCCGUCAUUAAUCGUGGGUUUCUCUCUCUCUGUCCGUCCUUCUCAUGUUGUUAACGACGCCCAGAGAGAAAAGAAUCUCAUGGACGUCACCGGACGAGUUGAAUCCUCAUCGUCUGUCUCCGACGUCUCUGAGUGCGGUUUACGGCUGGGCUGUGUCUGA